AAAACUUUAAUAUAAUAAAAUAUAAUAGUUGUGCCUUCAAACUAACUGUCCAUUUCUAUAAAAUAAUGCCUACAUUUAAGCCGAUAUUUACUGAACUGUUAUCUCUAUCGUAUCCGUCGCUACCGUUCUUCCAGUUUAUACCCGAAGGUGUAAAUAUUGGGACAGUUAUAUACAUCGAGGGCUAUGUUCCGCCUAAUUGUUCAAAGUUUGCCAUCGAUUUGAUCGAUGGACAGGCCGUCGACGAGCGAACUUGGGAACAGGCGGACAUACCCUAUGGCUUAUACUUUUUGUUUGAUGAUAGACUGGUAAUCGGUAAUACCAGACGUGAUAGGGAAUGGGGUCAUCCACAGAAAGAUAAAUUUAAUGCCAUCAGUAAAGGAGAUAACUUUGAGAUGAAGAUUAUAGUCGAGGAAAAGUAUUAUAAAGUGAUAAUGAAUGGCAAAGUCAUGCAAUAUCAGCACCGGAUGGCUACCGAUAGGGCAAAACUGUUGCGCAUUGAGGGACAGGUAGUUAUCAAACGUAUUGAGUUCAGACACGGCAAACACUAUCACAAAAGUCAACUCGACUUUUAUUGAUAUAUUUUAGUGGAAAAAAAUUCAAUAAAAAUUACAAACUUUUAUGACUCUCGAGUGAACAGCGAUUUAAAAGACGGUUUCAAACAAAAAACUUAUUUCUUUUAUCACUCAUUAUUAUCAAUACUGCUGUUUAUAAUUACUAUAUUUUGUUGUUAUCAUUGAUAUAUUAUUUUUAAUUAUAUUUAUUCAUUUGUUUUG